AUGAUUGUUUUUGGGCAUGUUUUGACAUGUUCCUGGUAUUUAGUAGCUAAGUUCGAAAAAGGAUAAGUUUGUGUUUAUAUGGAGAAUAAAAAAUUUAAAGAAAAUAAAGAAUUCGAAUAAUAAAUAGAAAAAAAAGAAUAAUAAAUAUAUCCUAAACAUGAAAAUGAUAUAAUAAAAUAAUAAAAUAAUGUUAAUGCUUUGGAAUAUAUAAUUUCUUUACUGGAAUAUAAUAAGAUUUAUGUGCCAAAGCUAAUGAAUUUACAACCGUAUUGA